UUGUAUUUAUAUCAUGCUCUUACUCCUUCUGUUGGCCUUUGGCUUAGUACGGAAAUAAAAAACUUGAUAGAAGAUAUUGCUUAAAUUGAGCGAUAUUGAAAAGAUGACUCUACGGUUAGGUCGAAAACACGUCGAAUUAGCUGCAAAAUGGUUGCCAAGCGCAUUGACAUAUGGAACUGGUGCAUCUCUAGCAUUGUUAUACUUUACUGAUUGGAAAGUAGUGGUACAACAUAUUCCUUUCUAUGGUUCCAAAUUUGAGGCUAACCAAUAGGGCAGAAAAUUGAUAAUAGUUCUCUGAUAUGAUUAUGUAAUAAUUCUAGUGGAACAAUAUAUAUUUCCUUGUAUCAUACUAUUUACAUAUUUUCUGUUUAUUUAAAAUAGUAAUGAAUUAUAUAUAAAUUUAUAAUAACUUAAGUUAAAGUUUCUCAAAUUAAACUCAAGUUUAAAUUUCA